AGAUAUUCGAAAAUUUGAACAAUUUACUAAUAUUCAUCUUACAGAAAAUGAUUUACGUAUAAUAUCAAUGAAUCGUUUUUCAUCACUUGAACAAUCUAUAAAUCGUCAAUUAACAGAAUCUGAAUAUCGUUAUUUACUUCAAAAUCAUUUAUCAUUUGAUUAUAUUGAACAAAAACUUCUUCAACGACCAUUAACAAUAGAAGAACGUAUCGAACAAGAAGAAUUAACUUUACAACCAUAUCAAGAAUACUUUACUGAUAAAACUUCUAUUUUAUCUAGAAAAUUCAUAGACAAUUUAGAACAACAAAAUAUUAAACUUACUCAUAUACAAUUAGAACAAAUUUUACAGUAUCGAGCACAACUCGUUGAUCAAUAUGAUAUUAUUCAUUCAAUUUCUCCAUCAAUUAAACUUAUUGAAGAACAAAUUAAUCGUUCAUUAACUAUUGAUGAAAAGAAACAUUUAAUACAUGAUGAUUAUUCCAUCAUUGAACAAAUUAAAAAUCAAAAAUAUAAUAAUAUCAAUAGAAAAAUUCAAGAAAUUCUUCCUAUUACAGCAUCACUUCUUAAAGUAGUUGAAAAUACACAAGAUAAAAAUUUAUUAGAAAAUAUAAAACAUCUUGAAAAUACUAUUGGACGAUCAUUAACAAAACAAGAAAUAAUUAUGGUUGCAAAUGGUGAUAUUAUUGGUCUUGAAAAAAUAUUUAACAAAUCGUUACUAAAAGAAACAAUUAAAUCAAUAUAUAAUGAUCGAUUUAUUGAUCUUAAAAAUGAAUUAAACCGUAAUUUAACUGAUAAAGAAAUACGUGAUAUUCUCCUUCGGAAAUUCAGUGGUAUUGAAAAAACACUUGGUCGACAAUUGACAUCUACUGAACGCUUGACAUACAAACCCGUGAAUAUAAUCGAUUUGACUGCAUCUCAACUUACAUAUAUACCUUCUAUUGAUACAACAAUUCAAGAAUUAGAAGAUGUUUUACAACGCCGUUUAACAUUAGAUGAAAUUCAAUAUCUAACAGAUCAACAAAACAAUUUAGUAAAAUCCGACUGGAACAAAAAAUUGUCUCCUAAUCAAUUAGAUACCAAUGAAGUGCCACAAAUAUAUUUAACAGACUUUGAUAAAGAUGAUACUGAUGAAGAUCUAUUCAUUUUUGAUCGAAUAUUAAAACAACCAAUUUAUUUCACUUUAUCUGAAAUCGAAAAAGCUAUAGGAAAAAAUUUGAAUAGUGAUGAACUUGAACGAUUUGCUGGUUCACGUUUCACUCAAAUCGAAUAUGAUUUAGGCAAACAACUAAGUAAUUUACAACGAUCGAAUUUACUCAAUGGAGAUAAAUUGGCUAUUGAAAGUUUAAUCGGUCGACAAUUAUCUCCUGAAGAAACAGGUAUAGAAUUAUUUCUAUAUUACCUAGAACAUACUAAAAGUAAUGGCGAAAGUAGAAUAUAGAAAAAAGGUGUCACCAGCUCGGGUACCCCUUAGAAAAAGAUACAUAUUAUUUUUACUAUCAAAUUAUAUAGAGAGAAAGUU